GGGGCCUCCACCCAGUAUAGUCCUACUCUGCCCUUAGUGCAGGUCUACUAGUAGAGGCUAUUGUGACUUGAUUAAAGGAAAGACUUGAUUCAAGGGGUAUAGGCCCCUGUAUAUUGCUUGAAAGAGUGUAGGUCCCAGCUUGCCUGUUUCAAGAGGUUAGCGUCCCUUGCAGCCUCCCCGGCUGCCAAGGAAAUGGGAGGCAGCUGCCUCAGGGUGCCUGGACUUGCUUUCUUGCUCCUGCUGGUUUUGCCCCCUCUGCUGCCAAGCAGUGGGGCAUACCAGCACAGAGCCCCGACCUGGCUAGAUUUCCACCACCUCACUCGGGCCAGGAGAAGCCUCCCCAGCAACACCAACCUGGAUGGGGAGAGCACCCGCCAGGGCCACAGCCAGGACAUGGGGUCCAGGGAGAGGCUGGCAGAUCACAAGAAAUCCUGCCAGAGCAAUCUUGACCUCUAUUUAAUCUUGGACAAGUCAGGAAGUGUGGACACCAACUGGAUAGUUAUAUACGGCUUCGUAGAGGAUUUCCUCAAAAUGUUUCAAAACCCGAACAUGCGGGUCUCGAUCGUCACCUUCUCCACAAGGGGCCACACCGUCCUAAAGCUCACCUCGGACAAAAAAGAAAUCGAAGAUGGUCUCAACAAACUACGCAACACAGAGCCUACCGGAGCCACAAACAUGCAGGAAGGAUUUAAAGCGGUCAAUGAGCAGAUCUCCACAGUAAACUCUGGAGAAAAGAAAGUGCACUCCAUGGUUGUCUCCCUAAUUGAUGGAGCACUUUGGCCAGAGUCCUUUCAGGCUACCAAGAAUGAAGCUCAGAGGACUCGACAACUGGGAGGGACUGUUUACGUUGUGGGUGUCAACAACUACGUGAAAAAUCAGCUCCUGGCAAUUGCAGACAGCGAGGAGCACGUGGUUGGUGUGGACAGUGGAUUCUAUGAUCUCAGGAACAUCGUUGACUCACUCGCAGCUAAGGCCUGCAUUGAGCUUACAAGUGUGGGACCGACCGAUUACUGUGUGGGAGAAAACUAUGAUGUAGGCGUCUUUGGAAGAGGUUUUCAUAACACCAACAACAAAAAAGAAGUUCUUUGCAGAAUUCAAAUAAGUGACACCAUAUUUUUCGAUAAAAAAGCCACCCAGGUGGAAGACACCAGCAUAAAGUGUCCGGGAGUGAUGAUGGAGGUACCAGCCAACGAGAUCUCUGUUGAAGUGAGCCUGAACAACGGUGCCAGCUUCAUCAGCAAUGGGCUCAAGAUCAGCAGCAAGGACUGUGGAGGUCACAGGACCAGCCAGAGGACGGACAUCAGCCCCUCAGGAGUCCCGCCGACCCACAGCUCGUCUGUCAUCAGGCCCAUGAGGAAAGUCCUCAGGAGAAACGCAGGGCUGGCCCAGGUACCACAGCCACCUGACCUUUCCAAUGCGGCAGCAGCAGGUCCCGGAAAUCAAGGCAUACAGUUCCCCAACAUCAACCCUUACCACUUGGCUGCGUGCAUGCUGGUCCUAAUACUGAUGAUAGGGUGCUUGUGGCUACACCGCAGAAAGAACAAGAUGGUGGAACCUUGUUUACAAACGUGCCCCACGGUGGUGGUCCCUUGUGGAGAUGACAAACUAAGACAACUAAAGGACAAACUGGACACUCUGCACAUGCAGAUCGUGCGCAACAUAUUACAAAACCGCAACCGGAGCCCAGUGAUAUGUCAUAGCCCAGGCGCAAGCCAUGUCCCUUACUCAGGUCUAGAGGUGGGAGGAUGCGCAGGUACCCACGCUGCUGCCUGCAACACAGCCUGGCGUGCUGUCCCCUCGACUACUGAUGGAUGUGUUGCCCAUAUGCCCCGUGCCGACCUCCCCCACUCAUAUGUUCCCGGCCUCCCCGGCCCAUAUGCUCCCAGCCCCCACAAUCGGUCUGCUCCAGGCAGCCCUCCAGGAUGUUGCCAAUGAUCCCUGGCCCAGUUGGAAAACGUGGUGGAAUCCCUUUGGCACUCCUACCCCCAUAGACCAGUCAAUAAAUCCUGCAAA